AUGGCUGAUGCAUUUGUAGCUGAUCUAGCCAGCGGACUGGUUCGCAAGCUUAUUUCACUUGCUACUGAAAAAGUUAUUCAGGCCUGGAAUCUUUCUGAAGAUCUGUUGACACUGCGCGAAAGGCUGGAAUCUAUCGAUGCUCUCCUGUCCGAUACUUAUACCAAGAAACUAGAUAUGUCUUCUGUCCAAACCUGGUUCAGCAAACUCAAAGCUGUGGCACAUGUGGCUGAUGUUUUUAUGGAUCAACUUGCUUAUGAAAUUAUUCGACAAAAGGUGGAAAAUCAUCACAGGGUAAGGGACUUCUUUGUUCCUUCUAAAAACAACAUAUUAAAUCGUUUUAAGGUGGCUAAUAAGAUCAAGACUAUUCAUAAAUCCUUUGACAAGAUUUCUACGGUGUACUUCAAUUCUAUACAAGCACUGUAUGCACAGGCUUGUGUACUCGGUGUCGUGUUACCCAGCCUAAAGCAACUGAGAGUGUUGGUUUUGAACUCACAUUAUAAAGAGUUGCCAAGUUCAAUGGGGAAUAUGAAAUUCCUUAAACAUCUUGAUAUCUCAAGUUCUGUCGGAUUCAAGAGCUAUAAAUUGCCAAAUUACAUCACGAAACUCUAUAACUUGCAAACUUUGAGAAUUUGGGCUCUAAAUGAGCUUCCAGAGAAGGUCUGCAACCUUAUUAACUUGAGGCAUCUUGUUGUUCAGAAGAAAUAUGCAGAAGAGUUAUCCACAAGAUACAUGUUUAUUGGGAUACAAAGAUUGACUUGUCUUCAAACACUUCCUCAUUUUGUUGUCAGUAGAAAACGAAAUUGUCUCCUUAGCCAAUCGGAAGGGCUUAAAAAUCUUGGUGGUACACUUGAUCUCUAUGGUCUUAGUGAUGUGUCAAAUAUGGAAGAAACAAGUAAAGCAAAGCUUUGUGAAAAAUCUAACAUUCAGUGUUUACCCUUAGACUGGAGCAACAACGAAGAUGAAAGGAAAGGUAAAGAAUACAACAACGAGGAUGUGAUUGAAGGAUUAAGACCUCACACAUAUUUGAAAGAACUGUCAGUUGUCUCCUUUAAGGGACGGAAAUUUGCAUCAUGGAUUACAAUGAUGAUGAACUUGGUGAAAAUCACAUUGAAAGAUUGUAACAAUUGUGAUGCAUUGCCACCAUUGAGUCACCUUCCUAAACUGAGGGAGAUUGUAAUAUUUGGAAUGCACAAUCUCAAAGUUAUCGGGAGAGAUUUCUGUGGAGGUCUAGCUAGCACUAGUAGUGGUUUGAGUUACAGGGGGUCUGUAAAAACAGUUGCAACGAUGUAUCCAUCAUUAACAACACUCGUUUCCACUGGCGAUGAAGACCAAAUAUCUCCACUGGCAAUGAAGACCAAAAUAUGGUGCCAGUAUUUCCAAAACUUGAGGGAGUUGGUUAUCACAAAUCUGGACAGUAGCAAGAUCCUAGAAACAAUGAGCAGGAAGAUUAGCUCUCUAGUGAAUCUACGGCUGAGGAGUAUCAGGGACAGAAAUGGAGGCUCUCCAUCAAAUGUGUACUAUCUAAUUGACGAGCUCUUGGAAACCAAUUCUUUGUCUUCGAAAACUUUGAACCUAGAUAACUGCCCGGGCUUGAAAUUUCUGACCAUUGGUAUAGUUCUUGAGGAACUAGAAGUGAGUGAUUGCCUUAAUCUAACUAGCAUUAAUGUAGUUGAAGGUGCCCUAAAAUAUCUUAUUAUUGUGAGAUGCCCCUCUCUUUCAGAAUUAGUAUCUGUCCCUAGUACAAGGUCAAGACUUGAAAAGAUGAUAUUAGGUCCCUUCUCGGAUGAACUAAACGAAUUUCCCUGGCCCUCCUUCUCAUCUGUAAUUUUGUUUCCUAAACUGACCUCACUGACCCUGUACGGUUGGAAGAAGGUAAGGUCAAUACUUCUGAAUGGGGAGCUCGAUGAUCGUCUCUCCUCUAUGUUCCCUGCAUUGACUCUGUUGUACAUAAAUGAUUUCGAAGGAGUGAAGCUCUUCCAGAAUCACUGGCAAACCUUCCAUCUCUUGAGCGGUUACGUAUUUGGAAUUGUAAUAAUUUGA